AUGGGCCUGAUCUGGCUUCUGCUGCUCAGCUUGCUGGAACCCGGCUGGCCCGCGACGGGGCCCGGGACGCGGCUGCGGCGCGAUGCAGGCGGCCGUGGCGGCGUCUACGAGCACCUCGGCGGGGCGCCCCGGCGCCGCAAGCUCUACUGCGCCACCAAGUACCACCUCCAGCUGCACCCGAGCGGCCGCGUGAACGGCAGCCUGGAGAACAGCGCCUACAGCAUCCUGGAGAUUACUGCGGUGGAAGUGGGCGUGGUGGCCAUCAAAGGGCUCUUCUCUGGGCGGUACCUGGCCAUGAACAAGAGAGGACGGCUGUACGCUUCGGAGCACUACAACGCAGAGUGCGAGUUCGUGGAGCGGAUCCAUGAGCUGGGCUACAAUACGUAUGCCUCCCGCCUGUAUCGCACAAGGCCCAGCGGGCCGGGGGCUCGGCGGCAACCUGGUGCCCAGAGACCUUGGUACGUGUCUGUGAAUGGCAAGGGUCGGCCACGCAGGGGCUUCAAGACCCGCCGCACACAGAAGUCCUCCCUCUUCCUGCCCCGAGUGCUGGGCCACAAGGACCAUGAGAUGGUGCGGCUGCUUCAGAGCAGCCAGCCACGAGCCCCAGGAGAGGGCAGCCAGCCCAGACAACGGCGGCAGAAGAAGCAGAGCCCAGGAGACCAUGGCAAGACGGAACCCUUGUCUCCUAGGGCCACUCCAGGCACCCAUCGGGAGACAGGCGAACUGGCUGUGGCCUGAGUGGUCACCCUAAGAACUCUCUGAGGUCAACCCCCACAGGCACCCAGGAUCAUCCUCUUGGAGGCCUGAUCUCCCCACCCUUGUCAUGGGUUGGCUGCUUGGGGGACCAAGAACUUGCUUGUCCUUAGUGACUUUCAAAGAGCAAGUGCCAGCCACUGAGGGGCUUGAGUCAAAGCCCCUGGAGGACUCGAAGUUCAAGAUGUAUGUGGGAUUACAUGGGAGGGAGCUUUUAUUGCAGGGGUGACCCAAAGCCCUGGUGGAGCCCAGCCAAUGGCAGGCAGUCCUGGCAACCUGAGGCAGUGGACAGUGGAAGGGGCUAUGUUUCAAACAUUGAAUGUGUCACCCUGUCUUGCUAUUUAACAGCUGGGAUACAGGCUGAGGACACCUUGAGGCUCCAACGGAGACUUCUGCUGAGGGUGGGGAAGGCAGUGGUCUGCAGG